GAAAAGUGGAACAAAAUUAAGGUCCGUAGUCUCAUGAAUUACAACAAAAUGUAUAAUUGCAGAAUGUAUGUUAUGCUGUUGAUGGUAAUUAGCAUGAGUGUGAUUAGCAUAUUAGAUGCACAAGUUCUUCCACCGUGCGGUAAACCGUUAUUGCCAUGCAUUGAGUACGCUAACUCCACUAGUCAUUCGAUACAAGACAUUUAUCCACCAGACAUAUGCUGCACUGCCAUUAAAGAUGUUUUUGAUGCAACCCAAGAAACAUGUUUCUGUCAACUUGUCUACACUCCUGGUUUAUUUGAAGCUUUUGGUGUUAAAUUCACUGUAGGGUACCGAAUUCUCCGCACAUGUGGCGUCAAAUUUGAUACCAGCUUCUGCAAUGCGUCUUCUCCAACUCUUCCACUGUCCUCGGGGAAACCCCCAGCAGCAACACCUAUAGGUGAUGAAGGAGGAGCAGGCAGGAUUGCUUUGACUGGACUCUGCUUCAUAAUGUUUAUUUGGCCAUUUUUCUUGUUUGGUUAGGAAGAAGGCACUAGCUAGCGGAUCCAAAAAGUUUAUUUGGCACGAGAAAAAUAUUAUAAAGUUUUACUAUCAUCACAUUAAAUAAAUUAAAUACUUAAUACCUGAAUUCCUAUAAAUUACAAAUGGCUUGAUACAUAUUUUUAAAAUA